AUGGACCAGACAAGCAUUGCAGGUCCAAGUGAAUUCGCAUUCAGCCCUUAUUAUAUGUACCUUUUCAAAAAAGCAACUAGAAAAGGGACUGAAAAAGAUAGGACAAUUCGGGUUAAUAUCGUUGGAAAUCAUAGCCAAGGCAAAACGUCCCUUGCAAAUCGACUGGUAGGUCAAACAUGCGAAGGCGUAGAAUCUACCAAUGGCAUCGACAUAAUUCGUUACAGAUGUAAAACAGGAAGCAGUGGAGAAAAAAUAUUGACUAAGGUUGAAAAUGAAAAUCAAGAUUACAUUAGCAGAUUGGCAUCAAUAGCACGUUCAGUUUCUGAACAACGCCGGUAUUCUCCAAAUGUCGCACCAGAGGAAGCAGCACCUGCCGUUAAACGAGCCAAAUUUCAGCCAGAGGAAGCAGAACCUGUCGUUAAACGAGCCAAACUAAUGCAAAAUGGUGCAACCAACUCCUCUGGCAAAGUAUUUACUAACACAAACAUCUUGAGUCGGGAAUCUCUUGGAGGAAAUAUUAUUGAAAAUCACCGAAAGCCGCAUUCAUUAAUGGACACUACAACUCUUUCUGCUGACGAAUUCAAAUUGUUUAGUACUGAAAUAGAUCAGGGAAAUAAUCAGUCAGGUAUAGUUAUUGACUUCUGGGACUUUGGUGGUCAGUAUAGCUUUUAUGCUACACAUUCACUUUUUCAUAGCAGAAAAGCACUGUAUCUUUUAGUCUUUGACUUAUCGUCACCUUUGAAUAACAUAGUCAAGGACGAAGAAUUUCCCGGCACAGCUGAUGAUAAAAAUAUGGAAUACUACGCUAGGUUUUGGAUGGAGUCAAUUCAUUAUUUAGUUGGGCCCGAACCGCCAGUUAUUCUUGUGGGCACACACAGCGAUAAGCUAGAUGGUGAUGAAAAAGCAAAGAUACAAGCCAAAGAUGAAUACUUCGAAAAAGUAAGACACUACUUUGACAAUACUGACAUGAAAUAUCACAUACAAACUGAAGAUUUUGCUGUUGAUAAUUACGACGCUUCCAAUGCUGAAUUCAAUAAUUUACUCCAAACAAUUGUACAGAAAGGUUUAAAGAUGGUAGAAUCUUCUGAAAUUCCAGGGAGGUGGAUACUUUUAGAAAAGAGGUUAAAAAGCGAAAACUACAGAAAAGUAAUUCCUUUUUCAAAAGUCAGAGAAAUUAAUGAUGAAAAUGAGUAUCCGCUUGAAGGUGGCGAUGAAGAGCUAAGAAUCUUUCUUCUGUACCAUCACGAAAAAGGAUCACUGUUAUAUUUUGAUGAAGAACCCAUAUCGCAGCAGAUUGUUUUGGAUCCAAAGUAUCUAGUUGAUGCUUUCAGAUGUUUUAUUACUCCAGAAAAGUUUCGUAUGAAAGAUCCUUAUCUCCGUGAAUCAUGGCGUGUAUUGACAACUGAAGGGAAACUGACUGACAUACUUAUAGAUAAAGUCUGGGAUGGUAACUUUAUGAAGCACAAAAUCAUUCUUUUAGCAUUCUUAAGGAAACAUAACAUCAUAUCACAGGUAGAAGAAUACGAUGAACAGUCUCAAACGAGCAAAGGACAAGAUUGGUAUAUUAUUCCAAGCCUGCUUCAAGAUCAUGUUGCAGAAAAAGGCAAGUUGCUGUGUCAGUUUCUUGAUGGAAAGUCACUAACACAAAUUCGCUACUUGAUGCAGUUUGAGAAACCAAACAUUGUUCCGAUUGUUUACCACACAUUUUUAGCUGCAGCUCUAGGAAAAUGGCCUGUUGUGUGUUUUGGCGCAAAGAAGAUGUUAUUUAAAAGUUUAGGAGUAUUUAAAUUGAGUGGUACUUAUGCAGGUAUUGCAGAAAUGAGAGAUUCAAGCAUACAGCUUCAGGUUUGUAAUCUCGCAGCAAAACCCAUUGAUUCUAAAAUACCAGACGAGUUUAGACGUUUUGCAGAAUCCGUUGUUAAACAUGAGUUUACGAAGCUGAGACAUCACGUAGACGAAAAGGUAAACCCAUUUUCUCGGAAGUAUAGAUGCAACCACAGAACUCACGACUUGGAAGGAAGUCAUGUGACCAGUAAAAUAAGUCAGCUUGAGGAAAAGGAGUCAGUGCUUUGUCCAGAUAAUUAUUCUCAUUUAGGGUACGACCCACGCAAAGCCUUAGCUGAAUGGUUUUUGGAUAAAGAAGCUAAAAUGGCUUUUCCAAGGACGAUAUUGUCUGACCAAGAUCUUGGGAGACUAGCUCAGUCUGCUAUUGGUUGCAACUGGGAAUUUCUAGGACUUGCACUAGGUUUAAGUCAAGUUGCUAUUGACCAUAUAAAAGCUGAUGAUGAGAGAGAUAUCAUGUGCAUCUUUAAGAUGCUACUAGAGUGGAAAGAGUCGGUUGGAGGCAAUGCAACUCUGGAUGACUUAGCGAAAGCGGCGAAGAGAUGUUGCAAGGUUUUCAUUGACUGGGAUGAAGUAAGAAAUAUUGGCGAUACAUUAGAAGGAACUGACAACUAUCUGCACACUGCUGGAGAGUCAAUAAGUGAGUCGGAUGCGAGUUCAGAAAGCCCCACAAAAGAUACAGCAGAGGAUCAAAAACCAUUAGAAUUCAUUCGAAACCUAAAAGACCAGCAUGUUGAAGAAAAACCGUGCACAGUGGUGUUUGAAUGUGAACUGAACAAAAUGUCAACCGUUCAGUGGUUCUACAAUAAUCAUCAAAUCGUUUCUUCGGACAAGUACGUUGUGCUCGAUAAGGGGCGUAUCUACACUUUAAGAAUUAUGGAUGUAGGUGACAAAGAUGAAGGGAAAUACUGCAUCGUUGUAAAUGGACAAAAAUCGGAAGCUUCAAUCAUUAUUGAAGACACAGAUGAAGAAAAAGAAUUACUAAACCUUGCACGGAGAUCCACUAAGACAGGAGCAUUAAGCGGGACAAGUGAUGUUUCAGAGAAGGAUCGUUCAGUGUUCUCUUCCACAUUUCAAAAAGAAUUAAGCGAUGAGGUAAGUUUAUGGAUUAAUGUUACGCUCAUUUUUGUAUGA